AUGGGUCGUCUUCAUCGUAAUGAUGAUUCAUUUGCUUCUAGCUCCCGGGACAAAGAAGAGUCGUUCAACAGACAGGCCACCCACGAUCUGAUCUACGAGAAUUACAACAUAUCAAACCGUGACCAUAAUGACUUUCCUGGUGUCGUUCCGCGGACUUUUGUCGGACCCUUUGCUUUAGCCAGCUUUGGAUUCCCGUUACGAAUCGUGUUUUGGCUUUUCGGUAUUCAGAAAAUAUGGAUGCUAUUUGCAGUGUGCUUAUUCUUGGGUGCCGCGGUUGUGAUCUCGUUUUGCAACUUUUUUCGUUGUAUUCGCAAGCAUUUCGGCGAGGAAACAGCAAUAUUUUUGAGGGUUAUCACCGCCUCCCACCGCCAAUUUCAUUUGCUUUUCUACACCGUUAUCACGUCUUUUACCAAAUGUCGUCUUUGCCCUAUUUGGAGUUCUUUUCAUCCUACAGGAGUGGUUCGACGGCCAACACCAAACGGCCGUUUGUUGGGCGACAGCGGUAACAUUUUUAUUCAGAUGCGAACUGGUGUUGCUUUUCGCUCCAAUAUUUCUAUCUUCCAUUCUCACACGACAGCUGCCACUCUUUGGGCGAAAUGGAGCGCUCUUUGCGGGAGCCACAACUGCAUUAAAAGUUUUGGGUUGGUCAUUUGC